CUCGUGCUGGUCCCCGGCCGGCCGAAGCGGCAGCGGCUGCGGCGCGGGACAGUAUGCGGGAACCGCUCGUAAUGGGUGCUACCACCAUGAUGGUCCAAGCUCGUGAGGUUUGACGACGCUACACCAUGUAUAGUGUGGAAGAUCUUCUGAUUUCUCAUGGAUACAAACCAGCCCGAGAUGCCGCAGCACCACGUGAGGACAAAUCAGAGCGAUGCAAGUCAACAAGGACAGGGUCCCGAGCUGGCCAAGGCCUAUUGAAUGGGUACAAGGAUGGCCCUACAGCUCAUGCCCACAGUAGGACAUCCCUGGGGACAGGACACGUGAGCAACUCUGAAAACCGCAGCAGCAAGCCAAGAGGCCACAGGGAGCACCAAAGCGCUUCUUCUAGAACUCCUGAGGCAGGGUUUUUAAAUCAACCCGCCUUAGCAUGGUCCUCUCACCCCCAAAGUGGUAGAGAUCACAUCUAUUGGAGCAGAGGAAGGCAGGAGGGCAGUGGCUCCCUGUGUCCCAGGGACCGGAAAGAACUGGAGGUCAGAGGAAUGGCUCAGGCUCACAGCCUGCCCAUCCAUGUGAGAGAGAGUCCGUGGGAAGUUGCAGGAAGGACAGAGCAUGUGAUAAAGAAUGCCGUUUGGGAAGAAGAGCUGAGAAUGCCGACUCCUGCGAAGGGAGAGGACGUGAGCUUGGGAAGCUGGAAGCAGCCCAGGAAGUUAGGGAGGCAAGCAUCCGAUGGUGGUGAUGGACAGAAAAGGUCCCAGGAAAGGUUCGAGGAUUUGUACCAGUUUGUUCAUGGAGAGCACAUGCUGACAUCUCAGAACAGAAAGAAAUCUCAGUCACUGCCCCGAGCUCUUUCUCCUAAGAGCCUGAAUUUCACAGAAAUCCCUGUUCCACUAUAUGAUGGUCAUAUAACGGGUGUCCCCAAAGUGCCACCAUACCCUCCCAGCUGUCCACCACCUUUGGAACCCACAAGGAACCUUGAGAAGACUGGUUCCUCGGGCCCUUUUCCCAGGCCUAAAUUUGGGAAGCCCCUUAAGACUUCAAGUUAUGGCUCUCACUCACAGCCCAGGGGAGAAGGUGGAUUUCAGGACCACCAGCACAGGGAACCACGUGGCUCCUACCCAACAAGAAGUAAGAAUCCCAGCCAUGAGUUGGGUAUGCUGGAUACUGGCUUGGAGCCCCCAGUGUAUGUGCCCCCACCUUCAUACAGAUCACCCCCUCAGCACAUUCCAAACCCCUACCUUGAAGAUCCUGUGCCCAAGCAUGUGAGCAGCAGUCAGAGUCAGCAGCAGCAACUACCUGAGAAACCUGAGGCCGGCUGUUCACUUCCUUCUGGCUCCCUUGAAGCUAGGGAUCUCUAUGAUGCAAUGCCUGGCUCUCCUCCUCAAGGUCUUCCUCCACACCCCUAUCCUGUUGCCACCCAUGGGAGUUCUAUUCAGUACAUUCCAUUUGAUGAUCCACGGAUCCGACAUAUCAAACUAGCUCAGCCCCCAGAAUUCUAUGAAGAGGCAAAGCUUGAUGACGCAUCCUAUAACUCCGGUUUCAUCACUACCCAGGAACCAGCUCUUGGGAAAAGACAGUAUGAUGAUGCCCUUUCAGCACCACAGGGAUCAACACCCCCACCUGUCAAUGAGCGGGGCUCAGCCUUUGCCCAUUCCAGCCCCCGGUGGCUGCAGAGCCAGUUCUCCAUGGGCAUUGAACUGGGAGGCUUCCCUAGCCAAACAGAGCAUUAUGUCAUGAGAGGAUUAACAACUGAUAUGAGAGACAGCAAGGCAGAAAGCCAUGCCUCUUCCCCACAGCCACCGAGUGAAGGUACCUGCAAAACCUACACUAAGCUCAGAAAGUUUGAAACUGGGAUUCAGAGCAAGAAAAAUUCAAAGAAGAAAAGUAACGCAACCAUAUUUUGUUUGGUUUCUGUCCCAGUUAAAUCUGAGUCACUCGAGCCAGAUACAGAUACAAACAACAAUGACUUAAAGCUGGAAGCUGAUAAGACCCAUGGGCUGUGUCAGGGUCCAGCCCUGGAGGAACAGAGUCUGCUGAGCAUGUCUUCCACCGACCUGGAGCUGCAAGCCCUCAUGGGAAGCACAGCUUGGAGAAGAACAUCCCCAAGGCAAGGUCUGGGGGAGUCAGAAGAUGGCCAGACUGAUGACCCCAGAAUCCUCCACCUCAUCAAAUCCAGAGAGCUCCAGGCUUCCGGCUUAUGGCCAGGACACCAGUAUAGAGAUCAGCAGACCCAAACCAGUUUCCCUGAAGACUCCAAAAGCUCACAGGUCCUCCCUGCCACAAAGCCAGGAGAGGCUAGCAAUGCAGCACUGACCCCAACAUGCCCAGAUACCACUGCCUCUGAAGUACACCUGCAUGCGGCCUUAGCAUCCAGUGAUCAAAAUCAGAAGCCCAGUGUACCUCACCUUCAAGGGCAAAGGUCCCUCAGCCCAUCUCGAAACAGUGCUUUCUCAAGGACAUCCUCAGCCAUAAACCAAGCAUCUAUGCCCAAAGGGGCCUCUGACCAGCUCCCAAGUACCAGCUCUGUUCCCAAGCCAGAGGUGGUGAAAGGGGAGUCUACAACAGGCCAAUGCAAUAGCACACAACUCUUCGGUCAGUUUCUUUUGAAACCAGUUAGCCGGCGGCCCUGGGAUCUGAUAAGUCAGUUAGAAAGUUUUAACAAGGAGCUUCAGGAAGAGGAAGAAAGCCAUGGUGCUAGUGGUGGGGACAGUAGUGAUGACAGUGAGGCAGAACAGCCAGAGGACAGUGCUGACUCCAGAGCUAAGAGCCGAGGCCACCAGGAAACUAGAACAGAACAGUGGCCUGCAGGGCUGCCAUUGGGGGAUGCAGCAUCUCCAGAAGGAAGACUUAAUGAGUCACAGAACUGGAAUGAGGAACCAAAACCUGGCCACCCAUGUGCCCAUCCACAGCCCCCGGGCCCAUCACAGGAGGAAGACAGCAGAGGUGUUCCAGUCCAACGAGCAGAUGGGAGCCUGACUGCAGAGCAGAAAAGCCAGGAGGUUUUGAAUGGGACCUGUGAGGGGGACAUUAGCCCAAGGCCUGAGAGCAGGAUUAUGCCCGUUGACACAAAAACAGCCCCUUUCUUCUGUCUGACAGAACCGAGAGGAAGUCAAGACCUCACCAAAGUCAGCAGUGCUUUAGGGUCUGUGCAGCUGGGCAGAGAGACUCCCACAGAGGUGGACAGUGGUAGGGACGCAGAGGUCCUACCCUGUGUCCUGCCGCCCUUUGCUGACAAAUAUCUAGGCCUCUCAACACCAGACUUUCGGUCUUUAGAGCUCACACUGGGACAAGAGCAGACUGCCUAUAAAUCAGAGUAUCUGGGUUUAGAGAACACCAUGGAAGUCCUUCCAAGUGAGUCUCUGCAGGAAAGGGCAGAGAGGAUCCUGGGCAUCGAGGUGGCUGUGGAGUCCCUUCUGCCAGGUGCCAGGAGAACAGAACAGAGCCAGCUCCCUGAGCCUGAUGCAAGUACCUGCGGCCCACAGUCCUCCAGAGAGGACUCAUUGCCCAGCCUGGCACCCCCAGGGACCCCCACAGUGGCCACUGAUGCCUUCUAUGGCAGGAGGAAGUGUGGCUGGACUGAGAGCCCCCUUUUCGUAGGAGAAAGGGCCCCCCAGGCUUCUGUAUGCUCAGAUGUGGAGGGGUUCCCCGCAAGCCAGGCCCCUAGUCCUGAUCCUGAGAAAAACGAGGAGUCAAAACCACCCUUCAAAUCCACUCUGUUCCAUUUCAUGGAGAAGUCCACACAUGUGGUGGGCCCUGAAAAGAGGCUCAGAAACCCUUCCAAAGUGAUCGAGGGCUUACAAGAAAAACUAGUAUCACCUCCAAAGAGGGCAGACUCAGUUCGCUUGAUAAGAAUGAGGGAGGUAAACUCCUUGUCUCAGAUGAGAGGUCUGAGCUCCAGAAGUACAGACUCCAUGGAGGAGCCCGACCCCUUAAAGGGCACCAAGAAUUCAGCCUGGCUUUCAGAAGGCCUUACUUCCAUGAGUAGUAAAGACCAGGCCUGGGGAGUGGGGCAUCUGCCCUCUGUCUCUCAAAAUGAAAACGGACACCCUGAAGUGCCAAGAGAGAAGAUGUCAGACCAUGACUUGUGGUGUGCAGAUUCCUAUGAUCCCAGCCGAGUGGAGAGGGUGUGAUGGAGCCCCCACCGCCUCGGCUAGUGGAGUGUUCUCUGGUUGGCCCACCUGUCUUGCUCAGGCUGAAGCUGGAAACUGUGGGGUUUGCAGUGUCUUGACUCCUCCUUUGCCUGCCAUCCCUACAGAAUUGUUAUGGAGAUAAAGUGGUGGUCUGCUGACACCAUCUGUCUCUAUAGCAUGGAUAUGUAAUUCCUAUGUUUAGAACAGAAUAUUUACAUCAAUUCCCUUCCGGGUGGAUUAGGCCAAGCUGGUAAAUAGCUUGGUGUAAAUCUGAUGUUAGGUGAAAAUCAAACACAGAAGCAGUGGGUGAUUUUGACUGUACCCUGAUCUCUUCCUUUCCUGCCGCAUCUCCCAGCCUGUACUCAUGUUUAAGAGUGUGGCCUAGGAGUUUGGACACGUGCAGCGUAAGGGGAAUGUAAGUGAGUGAGUGCUUACAUAUGACGCAUUUUUAUCACUGAACUUUUGGCAGCUUGGGGUGACAUGUGAGUUAACCGCUGUGAAACUCAUAGUCACUUCUUGGUGUUCCUGAAGGGUCACACUUGCUGUAACUUACCCUCGAGGUGAUCCACUUGGCAUUGAGACACACAUGCCGUGCUCACUCUGCUUUGCACUCUGUCUUCCCUAGGUUUUACCUUCUGUGUGAAUGUUUAGAUAUUCUUUAUAUGAAAAAUAAUUGCUGGUUUAAAAUAGACCAUGUUAACAAAGUAACUAUAUUUCUUUUUAUAAAAUUGCUAUUUUUCUAUGAUGUACAAACUGUUCUUAGGUGGCAGAUUUUUAAGGAAGUGCUAUUUUAUUUAAGAGUCUAUCCGUGUGUGUGUGUGUGUGUGUGUG